AUGCUUUCGUCAUGGGUAUCCCAAGAGAACUGCAGCAAAUGGGCUGGAAAUUGUCUGCAAUUUUUCAAUUUAACUGGUCAUGUUGAAGAGCUCCACCUUGAUAAUAGUUCGUUACAGGGCAAGAUAAAUCCUGUUUUGAAUCAUCUGAAUUACCUAGAUCUCAGCAACAAUGAUUUUGGAGGGAUUCGGAUACCCAGCUUUAUCGGUUCACUUGAAAGUUUGACAUAUCUUAACCUUACAAAUGCAGGAUUCAAGGGAAUAAUUCCUCACCAAAUUGGAAAUCUAUCAAGUUUGCGCUGUCUUGGUCUUCAAGGUCAGUAUGACUCUUUAGACCAGUCUGAAUUAUAUGUUGGGAACCUUCAUUGGCUUUCAGGUCUUUCUUCAGUGCAACAAUUGGAUAUGAGCAAUGUCAAUCUUAGUAAGGCUUCAGACCAUUGGUUGCAGGUAAUUAACAUGCUAUCUUCUUUGCCAGAAUUACACUUGUCCUCUUGUGAACUUGCUCAUAUUCCUUCUAUAUUUCAUGUUAAUUUUACUUCCCUUUCCAUCCUCGAUAUUUCAUCCAGCAAUUUCCAUUCUGCUUUACCCAAUUGGCUCUUUACUUUUAAGAGUCUAGUCUACCUUGACCUACAAGGCAGUGGUUUCCAAGGUCCAAUUCCAUGCGCCAUCCAAAAUUUGACUGCUCUCAGAUAUCUUGAUUUGUUGGAGAGUAAUUUUGAGUCUACCAAAAUUCCGAGUUGCCUGUAUGAUAUGCCCAGACUUGAAUACCUCAACAUUAGUUCAAAUAAUUUAGAGGGUGUUAUUGCCAGUGCUAUACAAAAUCUGAUAUCAAUUGUUGAACUUGACAUGUCAUAUAAUGCACUGGAAGGGAUAGUACCUAAAUCUGUGGGAAAUCUCUGUAAUUUGGAGUUCAUUAAUUUGAGAGUGUCAUUUGGAAUAUUAUCAGCACUAGAAAAUAUAGAUGUUGGAUUCAACCAGUUGAAUGGAUCUCUUCCAGAAAGCCUUGGUGGUCUAUCAAAUUUAAAAGAACUUCACAUUUCCUCAAACCUUUUUGAAGGUGUUGUUUCUGAAGUUCACUUUGCAAAUCUCACAAAUUUGAAGGUAUUAUAUGCUUAUCAAAAUUCAUUGGCUCUAAGAGUAAACCCGGACUGGAUUCCUCCCUUUCAACUUGAGCUGAUGGACUUAAGGUCGUGGAACUUGGGGCCUCAAUUUCCAAUGUGGCUUAAAACACAACACAACUUUCGCUACAUAGGUCUAUCUAACACUCAAAUUUCAGAUGUGAUUCCCGAAUGGUUUUGGAACAUACACUUUGGCUUUUCAUACAUGAACCUCUCUCAUAACCAAAUCUCUGGUGGAUUUCCCGAUGUGAUUGGUGGCGGUUUCUCAUAUAUAUACUUGGGCUCCAUCAACUUCAAUGGCUUAUUGCCUCGUAUAUCUUCCAAUGUAAGAGAGCCUGAUCUUUCCUACAAUUCCUUUUCAGGGGAUAUUUCUCACUUGCUGUGUCAUCCAAUGGGUACAACAAAUGAAUUGAGGAUUCUUCAUCUCGGAGGAAACCUUUUAUCAGGAAAGAUUCCUAAUUGUUGGAUGCAUUGGCCUGAAUUACGAGACAUAAAGUUGCAUAAUAAUAAUCUGACUGGGGAAAUUCCAAGCUCCAUUAUAUCUUUACAUAGCUUGGGAUCCUUACAUUUGAGCAACAAUAGUCUUACUGGAGAAAUACGGCCAUCUCUGCAGAGUUGUAGGGAGUUGACAAUCGUCGACCUUGGUCUAAAUGAGUUUACUGGUGGCAUACCAAAUGGGAGGAAACGGGAUGCAUUUGUGGUGACUAAAGGAAGAGAGAAUCAAUACAACACCAUCCUGAUGCUUGUAUGCAGCUUGGACCUUUCAUGCAAUAAACUCACAGGAGAGAUUCCACCACAACUCAUAGCACUCCAAGGAUUGCUCUCUCUAAAUCUGUCACAAAACUUUUUGAAAGGAAGCAUUCCACAUGGCAUUGGCAACAUGACAUCAUUGGAAUCUCUUGAUUUAUCGAUAAAUCAACUUUCUGGUGUAAUUCCUCAGAGCAUGUCAGGUUUAAAUUUCUUAAGUUCCUUGAACCUGUCUUAUAACAACUUGUCAGGAAAAAUUCCGUCAAGCACCCAACUCCAGAGUUUAGAUGCUUCUAGCUUUAACUCUGUGGACCUCCACUUUCCAAUAACUGUGAAGGAGACCAGACAAAACCAACCACUGAAAAUGGAGGACAGAAAGAAGGUGAUGAAGCUGAAGAUGGCUGGUUUCAUUUGGGCAUUGCAAUAG